CAAAUAAACAAACAAACACUCUCUCUCUCUCUCUCUCUCUCCGGGUGAAAAACUGUCCAAGCCAAGCCAUGUGCAAGUUAUCAUCUACCUCAACUUUAUGUGAAAGCAAUAAGGGCCAGGCAAAUAUAUCCGCAACAAAAAUGCAGGAACCAGACAUGUUAACCCUUUUGAUCCCCAAAUCCCCAACAUUAGAACAACAAGGCCAAAAGCCACAUAAAAGCCAUUUUUCUCUGGCCCUCAAUGAAGCCAAGUGCAUAUUGCAGAUAGCAUUACCUAUGGUGUUAACUGGCCUAUUACUCUAUUCUCGUUCCAUAAUUUCCAUGCUUUUCCUUGGUAGAAUAGGUGAGCUUGCUUUGGCUGGUGGCUCUCUUGCAAUUGGAUUUGCUAACAUCACAGGUUACUCCAUUCUCUCCGGCCUUGCCAUGGGGAUGGAACCCAUCUGCGGUCAGGCUUUUGGAGCCAAAAGAUUCAAACUUUUGGGCCUUGCGAUGCAGAGGACAGUGGUUCUUCUUCUUCUAACUUCGGCCUUUAUAACAUUCUUGUGGCUUAAUAUGAAGAAAAUAUUGCUACUCUGUGGUCAACAAGAAGAUAUUGCCCAAGAAGCUCAAUCUUACAUACUUUACUCUCUUCCUGAUCUCGUAGCACAAUCAUUGCUACACCCUUUGCGAAUCUAUCUUCGAAGUCAAUCUAUAACCCUUCCUCUCACAUACAGUGCGCUUCUGUCUAUUCUUCUUCACGUCCCCAUCAAUUAUUUCCUUGUCUCUGUGCUUCAGCUCGGAAUCAAAGGCAUCGCUUUAGGUGCUGUUUGGACAAAUUUCAAUCUCGUGGCUUCAUUGAUUACCUACAUAUGGGUUUCAGGGAUACACAAGAAAACAUGGAGUGGUAUUUCGUGGGGUUGCUUCAAGGGUUGGAAAGCACUCUUGAAUUUGGCAAUUCCAAGCUGCAUUUCAGUUUGCCUUGAAUGGUGGUGGUACGAAAUCAUGAUUUUACUCUGCGGAUUAUUGAUUAAUCCACAAGCAACUGUUGCAUCCAUGGGGGUUCUGAUUCAAACCACUGCCUUGAUAUACAUUUUUCCAUCUUCCUUGAGUUUUGGGGUGUCCACAAGGGUUGGAAAUGAAUUGGGUGCGGAGAAUCCCCACAAAGCCAAACUUGCAGCACUUGUGGGUCUCUGUUUCAGUUUCAUUUUGGGAUUCUCCGCCUUGUUCUUUGCCAUUUCAGUGAGGAACGUGUGGGCUUCCAUGUUCACACGGGACACACAAAUCAUUGCUUUGACGUCCAUGGUUUUGCCCAUUAUUGGAUUGUGUGAGCUCGGAAACUGUCCACAAACAACUGUUUGUGGCGUUUUGAGGGGCACGGCGAGGCCAAAGUUGGGAGCACGCAUAAAUCUUGGUUGCUUCUACCUAGUGGGAAUGCCCAUUGCAGUGUGGUUGAGUUUCUUUGCAGGGUUUGAUUUCAAAGGCUUGUGGCUCGGUCUGUUAGCCGCUCAAGGCUCGUGUAUGCUGAGCAUGUUGUUCGUCUUGGCUCGCACAAAUUGGGAAGGUCAAGCCCAAAGAGCUAAGAAGCUCACAUCAUCCGAUCCUAGCGAGGAAGGAGAACAUGAUGUGUUGGAGGAGAAUGAACAAGAUGAAAAAAGCUCUUUGAGUUCAUGCGUUUCAAAAGAAUGCUCUGAUUCAGUGGUUUGA